CAACUUUUGACUAAAGGCUGUUGGAGUUGUGAUUUGAGAAAGCUUUAUGUUUUUUCUAUCCAUGUUUCGCAUGCGAGGUGGCUGACAGAAGGAGGGCAUAGGGAAGAGGCUCUUCAGCACAACGCACUGAGAUGCAUUGAACAUCAUGCAGUGACGGCACCUCACCAGAUUUAUUAUUUACCUUUAUUUUAGUGCUCAGCUCUGCAACGAAGAUUGCAAGACGACACGUAUAAGAGGAAGAAGACCUUAGUGGAAAAGACAAUCUGCAUGUGAAAGUACUGGAUCUGGUGCUAUCGGAGGCAAGAGAUGCAGCCUACAAGCAAGCUUCUGAGUCUCACCCUCCUCGUCUUGAUGGGCACUGAACUCACCCAAGUGCUGCCAGCCAACCCUGAGGAGUCAUGGCAGGUGUACAGCUCAGCCCAGGACACAGAGGGCCGCUGUGUCUGCACCGUGGUGGCGCCUCAACAGACCAUGUGCUCGCGGGACGCCAGGACCAAACAGCUCCGGCAGCUGCUAGAAAAAGUCCAGAAUAUGACCCAGUCUAUCCAGGUGCUGGACCAGCGGACCCAGAGAGACCUGCAAUACGUGGAGAGAAUGGAGGUCCAGCUGAAAGGUCUGGAGACCAAGUUUAAACAGGUGGAGGAGAACCACAAGCAGAACAUUGCCAGGCAAUAUAAGGCAAUAAAAGCGAAAAUGGAGGAACUUAGACCAUUGAUACCAGUGUUGGAGGAGUACAAAGCUGAUGCAAAAUUGGUAUUGAAGUUUAAAGAGGAAAUCCAGAAUCUGACGUCUGUGCUAAAUGAACUCCAGGAGGAGAUUGGAACCUAUGACUACGAGGAGCUGCAAAACAGAGUGUCAAAUCUUGAAGAGAGGCUUCGUGCGUGCAUGCAAAAAUUAGCAUGUGGGAAGCUGACAGGAAUCAGCGAUCCAAUCACAAUUAAGACGUCUGGAUCAAGGUUUGGAUCCUGGAUGACUGACCCCCUGGCACCUGAGGAUGACACUAGGGUGUGGUACAUGGACGGCUACCACAACAACCGAUUUGUGCGGGAGUACAUGUCCAUCUACGACUUUAUGAAUUCCGACAACUUCACGUCUCACCGCCUCCCCCACCCGUGGUCGGGCACGGGUCAGGUGGUCUACAACGGCUCCAUCUACUUCAACAAGUUCCAGAGCCACACAAUCAUCAAGUUUGACUUCAAGACCUCCGUCAUCAGCAAGUCACGUCAGCUGGACUACGCCGGCUACAACAACAUGUACCACUACUCCUGGGGAGGCCACUCGGACAUCGACCUCAUGGUGGACGAAGGCGGGCUCUGGGCCGUCUAUGCCACCAAUCAGAACGCGGGGAACAUUGUCAUCAGCAAACUGAACCCCAACACCCUGCAGAUCGUCAAGAGCUGGACCACCAAUCACCCCAAGAGGAGCGCAGGAGAGGCCUUCAUGAUCUGUGGUACGCUGUAUGUCACCAAUGGCUACUCCGGUGGGACCAAGGUGUACUAUGCCUUCAGCACCAACUCGUCCACCUACGAGUACAUUGACAUACCGUUCCAGAAUAAGUACUCUCACAUCUCCAUGCUGGACUAUAACCCUAAAGACAGAGCGCUGUACGCGUGGAAUAAUGGUCACCAGGUGCUGUACAAUGUCACCUUGUUCCACGUCAUUCGCUCAGAGCAGGAGCAGUAGAUAGCUAGCCAUGCUGUGACCUUCUC